AUGGAGAUUGUUGGAAACUAUGAAAAUGCCUUCCAGAUCAUGUCAUCAGAUAAAUUGUCGCAACUUAUACUACUGUCCAAGCGACAACACAUUAGGCUCGCCCCAAAAUACAUGGGGACCAUCAGGUUUGGGAUAGCCUGCCACAUGUCAUGUGCUCUGGACAAAUUUAACAAAGAGUUGGAAGGUGCACCAAUUGCUUACAAGAACACAAAAAUAACUCAGAGAUUGGGGAAAAUUAUUGGAGAACAGACAUGUAUACAUUUUGAUGUGGAUGCUGAUUUUAUUGUCUUCAAACCAUCAGUGGGAAAAAUUCUUAAAGGCUUGAUCAACAAAGUGACAAAGGAGCAUCUCGGCUGUGUGGUGCAUGGGCGUUUCAAUGCGUGGAUGCUGCACACGUGUGCCACAGAAAAGGUGGCAAUCGACACACUGAUGGGGUCAGAGGUCGAGUUCCAGGUCGAGAGCAUCAACACAAACUUUGGGGUCAUGUCAAUGAGGGGAAAACUGACAAAGUUGCUAUCUCAACCAUGUGGUCUUUACGGGCUUGACUUGAUCAAGUUGGAACCAGAUAAAACAGAAAACAAGAAAUCUAGAAGGAACCGAAAAACAAAGCAUAACAAUGAUGCUGGGCUUACAAAUGUUAGCACAAUUUCAAAAAGCACUGAUGAGGCUGAGACGUCGAUGAGAGAGUCAAAUUACGCCAAUGAGUCUGUUCUUGCGGGCAACGCAGGUGACCCUCAUGCGAGCCUUAUCCAGGAUUCAUCUGAUCUGGAGCCAAUAAUUAGUAGUACUCAGGUGGAACCAGCACGGAGUUCUAAAAAGAAAAAGAAACAUAAGAAAAACAAAGCAGACAAAAUUAUCACAGACAUAAGUGCCAUAGAAAGUUUUAAUGCUUCAGAAGAAGAUCUUAGAGAAAAUGGUGUGCACGAGGUAAGUAAUCCACAUAAGAAAAAGAAAAAGAAGCUCAAGAGAAAUGAUGAUGGUGAUAGGUCUGAAAUUACGCAAUUCGUUGAAGAGGUUAAUACAAAUGAAAGUGACAGUGGUGUUUCGAGUGACAGAACGAAAAGAAAAAGAAAGUUGAAACAGGAACAGACUAGUGAUAAUGUCAAUAAGGCUGCAGAUAUUGUUCCAAAGAAGAAACAUAAAAAGAGUGAAAAAAGGUCUUCUUGACAUAUGUGAUGAGAAUUAAAGAAAACAGUUCGACUUUCAUGAAAUACUUUGUUAUUGGGUAAAUGUAUUUGUACAUGUAACUUAAAACAAGUGUACUUAUAUUUUAUGUUUGACUAUUUGAUGAGCUAUUUUAUGCACGAAAGCUUUUGUUUCUGAAUGUUGUGAAAGAUGUGUUGAUUCAAUUCCUUUCAACAAUU